GGAUAUAACCAGCGUGUCCCAUUGAUAAACUCGAAAUUUGAGUAGCCAAAAUAAUUUUACUCUUAUUUAUAAAAUAUUCUUCGAGCCAGUAACGUUAAUAUUGUAGCGUUCGGGAAAAUCAUUAUUCGCAGAAACUUCGCAGUAUUGCGCUGACACUUGUCCGAGAUCCCUGCACCGUUACUCAAGUAUACAUCAUAAGAGUCUACUGACCGAUAUACAUCAAUGCGAGACACAGUGGAACGCAUUCCACACUACUACGUAAAUUCAUUUCGAUCCGAAGAUUGAACGUAACGAUGGGCGUACCGCGUAACCGGUCGCUCUUGGUGAUUUCGAUCGUCCUGGUCGCCUGCUGCAGUCAGUGCGUCGAUGGCUUGAGAAUCCUAGGAUUGUUUCCGCUGCACGGAAAAAGUCAUUUUUCGAUGUGCGAGAGCCUCAUGAAGGGAUUGGCCGCGAAAGGACACCAAGUCGACGUCUACAGCCACUUUCCUCAAAAAAAACCGGUUCCACGUUACACGGACUACAGUCUCGAUGGCACGCUACCGGCCGUCGUGAAUAACAUCACUUACGACUACAUCCAACGAUUCGAUAGUCCGAACAUCAAAUUCAUGAUGGAAGAGCUCGCGAACAAAGUGUGCGAACUCAUGAGCACAUCCGAGUUCCAAAAGUUGUUCCAAAGACUCGAGAAAAAUCAGCCCUACGACGUCGUCAUUAUGGAGGUGUUUGUGUCCAAUUGUUACCUCGCGUGGGGUCGUUUCCUGAAAAUCCCAAUGGUGGGCGUGAUGACGAGUUCCCUGAUCGAUUGGUACAACGAGCCGCUCGGUAAUCCGCUUAAUUUAGCGGUGACACCGUCGUCCUGGUCGCACUUAUACCACCCCAUGAACUUUUGGGAAAGACUGACGAAUGCGUUCAUGUACAACGUCAUCGUCAUGCAGACAAAGUAUUACAUCCGCUGUCAGGACAAGUACAUCGAACAGUACUUUGGUACCGGAUAUCCGAACUCCAACGACAUCAUCAGAGAUUUGGAUCUGCUGCUGGUCAACAUGCACCAUUCCGUCAAUGGGAUCAGGCCAUUUACCCCCGCCAUCGUUCCCGUCGCUGGUUUGCACAUCCAAGACGACGACCCAAACUUACCUAAGGCAGUGCAAAAAUGGUUGGACGAAAGUACGAGUGGCUGCGUUUACAUGUCGUUUGGCUCGAUGGUCAGGAUAGAGACGCUCCCCAAGGCCAUUCUGACCGGGAUUUACGAGACCUUCAAAAAACUAGCCCCGGUGCGCGUGCUCUUGAAGAUAGCCCAGCCCCAGGAACUACCACCGGGUCUUCCGUCGAACGUGAUGACGCAAACCUGGUUCUCCCAAAUGAAGGUUCUGAAGCACAAAAACUUGAAAGCCUUCGUUACCCACGGGGGCCUGGGCAGCACGCAGGAAUCGCUGUCCGCUGGCGUUCCGAUGAUCGGCGUGCCCCUGUUCGGCGACCAGCACAUAAACGUUAGAUCUCAGGUCCGCAGGAACAUCGCUACGAUGGUCGACAUCAAGAACUUCGACACGAACGCCUUUUACUCGGCCGUGAAGGAAGUCCUCGGCAAUCCGAUUUACAAGAAAAACGCCGAGGAGGUGGCCAGGGAUUUCUUCGAUCGGCCGAUGAGCCCGAUGGACGAGGCGACGUUUUGGGUGGAGUACAUCGUCCGCCAUGGCAAGCAAUCGUUAAAGUCGCCGGUCGUCGACAUGCCCUGGUACCAGGCACACAUGAUCGACGUCUACGGCUUCGUUCUGCUGGUGCUCGUUGUCGCUUGUUACGUCGUUAAAGCGAUCGUGAGAAAAAUAUUGAGGCUCUUCUGUUCUUCCUCGUCGGCUCCCGGUAAGAAGAAGAAACGGGAAUGAGAACGUCUGAUUUGUCGUACGUAUAUUGUGCAUGAACACCGAUGUGCCGAGCGCGGAUUGUGAUCAUUAAUGUUAAACCAAAGCUUUUUUUAAACUGUUAAUUUUAAGGUUUCGUUGAUACUUUGUUACGCACGGUUUUUGUCGAUGUAGAUGGAGGAAUAAGAAAAAAAAUGUAAUCAUCUCUACUUGUCUUACGUUUCGUAUCGAUUACCCCGUGAUUACGUAACUAUAACGAUCUUCUUGGCACGAGUGAUUCAGAUGAUUUUUUUUUAGAUGACGUAACUAAAAACUACUAAAUAAAAGAGACAAAAAGGAAAACGAUGACAAAUAACUCCUCAAGUGCUGUAGAAUUAAAUAUACUAAAAAAAAUAUGAUGCAUUUUUUACUCAUGUAAAUUAACAAUUUUUUUAUGAGACGAAAGUUUUUAAAUAUAAAACUUAUGAAUUCGUUUGAUAGUAAUUGAUACUAAGUUUUUGUGCGAUUUAAUUGAUAUCAAAGUUUAAGUGUGCAUCCUCGAAAUAAAUUUUCUUCGACAUAGCACUUUUUCGUACAAGAAAAUGUAAGUUAACAGUGUGACUGCAGAUUUAUUAUGCCACAAUGGAAUAUCUAUUGAGUAAAAAUAUAAAAAAAUAUGAUGUAUAAAUAAAGUGAGUAAAAAAGGAAAUAGUUAAGUAAUGUAAUAUUGUUUAGUUGGAAACGGUAAUAAAA